ACCAGAUUUCCUGUGGAAUAACUCCCUCUCUGAAUCAUUUCAAAGUAUCUCCCACAAAGAAUCUGAGAAAAGGAAGACUGGGGCCAGCAGGUUCUGCACACGGUGCUACGAGAUGCCAGAGACAUGUGAUAAGAGCGUAAGGUGUGGACAGCACCAAGUUCAACCACAACAUGACAACAUCAAACACCUGGAGGGACCGCGCCCUCCUCUUCCUCAUCCUCCUCUUCCUCCUCCUCCUCCUCCUUCACCUCCUUCGACUGGGAAAGUGGUGUCACCGCCUGCCUCAGGAAGUCAGUGCUGGGGAAAUAUGGAUGGCAUAAGGCUGAAGCAGCAGAGACCAUCAGUUCUGCGUCAAGUUUCCCAAACAGUUUUCAGACGAGAACACGCACAUCCAGAGAGUAGUGCAGCCAUCUCCAUUUGCAAGGAAGAGGUGGAUGCAAGUCAUCUUCCCCAGUCGUCUUCACCGCACAUGGGCUUAUCCCCCAGAGCUGGCCAUCAAUACCUCCCGUUGAGGACAGAUGGUCCAAAACAGAACGUCAUUGAGGCCAGGAUUUAUGAUAGCAUCAAUGAGGGGACGAGUGCUCUGUUUGUGAGUGGCCUCUGCCGCUGGCCUGGUUGUGAUGCAGUAUCUGAAGAUUUCUCUAGUUUCUUAAAGCAUCUCCAUUCGGAACACAGACAUGGUGACAGAAGCAUUGCUCAGUGGCGGGUCCAGCAGGAUAUUGUUCAGUACAUGGAGAGUCAGCUCAGUCUGGAAAAACAGAAGCUCAUUGCGAUGCAACUUCAUCUCUCUGAACACAAAUACUCUGAUUUGAAGGCAGCUUCUGAGUGGUCAUACAGCCUUCCUUUAUUCCUGCCGCAGCCCCAUGUAACCGACGGAGUCCAACAAUGGGACAUUAAGCGUAUGGAGGAAUUGGUCCAACACGGCUACAGAGCUGUUGGAUCUGCCCCUACUCUGCAAGAUCUGGUCACCAGUAGUGAAUGUUACAAGUACAAUAACAUCAGGCCACCGUACACCUACGCUUACUUGAUAAGAUGGUCUAUCCUGGAGUCUCCAGACAAACAGCGUACUCUGAAUGAGAUCUACAACUGGUUCACUACCAUGUUCUUCUACUUCAGACACAACACUGCUACCUGGAAGAAUGCAGUCCGUCACAACCUGAGCCUUCACAAGUGUUUUGUGCGAGUGGAGGGAGGUAAAGGAGCAGUGUGGACAGUGGAUGAAAGAGAGUACCAAAGAAGGAAGGGACAGAAGUAUCACAGAGAUUGCCCUGUGAAGUGGCUAACAUCCUGCUCCAUUUACAGUCCUGAGGACCCCUGAACACCAGCAGACAGUAGCUGGAGUCACAUCCACACAUAUUGGAAUACUGCAUAAAGAAAUGAAGAAUAUGUAGACUUGUUUGUUUAUGUGUCUUAUUUCCAAAUGACUUGAUUAAUGUGAUUGCAUAUUUUUUUUACAAAACAAUAUUUUGUACUCAAGCCUAGCAACUGUUUUUGUACUUGUACUAAUCCAAAAGAUUUGCUACCCAUUUCUGAAUAGGCAGUUUCUUUCACUAAGUAGGCCAGUAGGUCAGACAUCUCUUACAUGGGCUGUUUAUAUCCUCCUACAUUGUCAUCUGCUCUUUAUACUUAGAUCUAGGCAAAACAAUCAAAUUAAUAAAACAAUGUUAAAAUGGGUCAAUAACCUCCUAAUCUCCCAGUUUUGUUGUUUUCCCACACAACUAUAACUCAUAUAAUACUUCAAAGGCAACUGGUAUUACCAUUCAGUAGCAGCAUAUCAAAUACUGACAGGACUGACACCACUGACAGAAUAUGAAAAAGGAUGAACUCUUGGUGAUGCAGGACUACCAACAAAAAACACAGCCUGGGAAUUUCCUAUCAAGCGAUGCACCAAAUUAAAACUGACAAAACAUCAUCACAAUCCUGUCUUUAAAAAUCUUCAGAAUCUGUUCAUUUGCAUUGUGUCUUGUUAGGCUAAAAUGUGAAAGGAAUAAAUCACAUUUUCAGGGUUUUUCCCCUGAUGUUUGUGUGUACAAAAGGCAAAAAAAUAUCUAAGUUGAAUUAUGUAAUGAUUACCUGAUGCCUAACUUGACUUCAUAGUUUCUUGUAUUAUCAGAAUUAUUUAAAAUACUGCAACAUACUUGUUUAUUGUAUAGUCAUAGUAUUUCUUGUAUUGCGUCAAAAAAUAACUUGAAUGAAUCUGAUCAUAAGAAUAACAUAUUGUGCUCUAAUUUACUUCACUAUCACACAAUAACAUUAAACAGUGUUCUAAUUUGA